AGCGGUCGUGCCCGCCCGCCCUUCCGGCCGGAGCUCUAUUUACCAGGGGCGUGCAGCCUGCUUGCCAAUCAGAGUGCGGCUGAGCGGCCGGACAGCCAACCCCGGAGGAGCGGCCGGCUGGCGGCCGCCGCACCUAGGAGUUGGGAUGUCCUACAAACCCAUCGCGCCCGCCCCCAGCAGUACCCCCGGCUCCAGCACCCCCGGGCCAGGCACUCCGGUCCCUACAGCCGGAAGUGUCCCGUCGCCGUCGGGCUCCGUGCCAGGAGCCGCAGCCCCUUUCAGGCCACUGUUUAACGACUUUGGACCGCCCUCCAUGGGGUAUGUACAGGCGAUGAAGCCGCCUGGUUCCCAGGGCUCUCAGAGCACCUACACGGACCUGCUGUCCGUCAUAGAGGAGAUGGGCAAAGAGAUCCGGCCGACCUAUGCUGGUAGCAAGAGUGCGAUGGAGCGCCUCAAGAGAGGCAUCAUCCAUGCCCGGGCACUGGUCAGAGAGUGCUUGGCAGAGACAGAACGCAACGCCCGCACGUAACAGGAAGCACCUUGGCCUUUUCGUCGGGACCUUUCCGGCCACUGCAGAGCACCUGCUUCUCCUUGGCCUUCACCCCAAGUUGCUUCCUAUCCUGGGCUUCCUGUCCUGUGUCCCUCGGUGGGCGUCCUCCAGGAACCAGGUAGCAGAUCUUCCUCCAGUUGGCUCUACAAACUGGGCCCCUCCCUCUGCAGGAGUGAGCGGAGAGGCCACCGUGGGUCCCACCCGUGACCUGCUCACAGUGCUGGGCCAACUGUAGCCUGCUCCUGUGUGUGGCCCCACCACAUCGCACUUACUUCUUAACUCUGUAGUCCAGGCUUCCUCCUCCCUGUCCAGCUGGAGUGCAGCGGGUCUCCCUGCCUCGUCUCUGGGGCCACAGCCAACUUUUUUUGGUGUGUCUUUUACUAAAUAUGCCCUUUUUAUAUAAAUAAAAGAUGAUUUGGAGUCAUUCUCUCA